AUGAGUCUCAUCUAUGACGGUCAUCUACCUCAAAUGGGAGGCGAGUUACAGAGACCACCACUGGUUUACCUGUAUGGGGCAGACAGGACACUGAUGCCAACCCUGGGAUUUGCUUCUACAAAUGUGAUCUCCAGGCAGGAGCCUCCACAGAAGCCACCUUACAGCUACAUUGCAUUAAUAGCCAUGGCAAUUAAGCACUCUCCGGAUCAAAAGGUGACUCUCAAUGGCAUUUACCAGUUCAUUAUGGACCGUUUUCCCUUUUAUCAUGACAAUAAACAAGGCUGGCAAAACUCUAUCAGGCACAAUCUGUCACUUAAUGAUUGUUUCAUUAAAGUGCCAAGAGAAAGAGAAAAGCCUGGCAAAGGAAGUUAUUGGACUUUGGACCCAAAGUGUCUAGAUAUGUUUGAAAAUGGCAACUUCAGACGCCGGAAGAGGAAGCCCAAACUUCUAUUGUCUCAAGAGGACAAGAGAUACAAAACAGAGCUCUCAGAAAGCAAUGGGUCUGAGGUGGAAGAAGCAAAAGAUCUAGAACCUGCUUUCAAGAUGACAACAGUGAAUGGGUUAGCUUUGUCGUCACAUGCCCACAUAAUUACUGAUACUCCAGGCUCUGGGUGUGACUUGGACCCUGCCGGUCAGAAAUCUUCUUCAGAGGAGGAAGGUGCCGUUGCAGAAUUAAGUAAAGCUUCAUCAGCUCCCCACUGCAAUAACCCAGAUUUGACCUCUGCCACUUGGAGAACGUCAGGUCCUUCAGGGUUGUCUGGGAUGGGUACCUAUUCUUCUAGCGAAGAUGACGAAAGCCCCAACAAACGAAGUAUUGUCUCUGGGAGUGAAAUCAAGUUGAAGAACCAGGCUCUUUCUGAGACAAACCCCCGGUUUAAAGAUAACGGUGCAACCGUUCCACGGAGACCAUUGGCCGCAAACACAAAGAGUAUGAAUGGAACAACUCAGAACCCCCACAAAAGUUUCAGCAUAGACAGCAUUCUAUCGAACGGGGGCUUCUCUUCAUCUAAAGAGAGAGGACAGGACAGGGCUGCUGUCCAUGCCGGAGCAUCAAAGGUGACUGUGGACCCUGUAUCUAGUGCUUACAGAUUUAAUUCCGUUGUUCCCAAUCCCGGUGCGUGCCCGGUAUUCAAUACAUCGCUAAUGAUCGAUUCUCAAGUGCAGGGCAGGUUUUACCAAAUCGGUGUCCCUAUUUUCUCCUACUUUCCACUAGCGCUUACAGACACAGCUUAUCCCCAAUAA